AUGGCUGCCGCAGAUGUCCGUGACAUGCUGGAUCUUCCCGCAGACGGCGGCCCACCUAGACCUCAUAAGAAACAGAAAGUCGUCGAAAAACGACCAGGCGAACGUGCCCCUCCUAUCGCUCUGAACGAGAAUAAAUACAAGGGACGGCGGAAAUGGGUGAGCAAGCUGAAAGUAACGCCAUGGGCGAUGGCCCCGUUUCAAAAUUCCGCUCGAUCUGAUGGGCUUGUACUCCGACACUGGCAAAGAAAACAAGCUCCCAUUAUUGAAACGGCAGCGGCUGAUGGGGAAGAUAAAAUGGAAACUGAGGCUCCGGAACAGAAACCGGAAAAUGUCUAUGCAUUUGCGAAAUACAACGUGAAAGCCCAGGUCCCCAAGCGGUAUAACGAUGACCAAUACAAUCGCUACCUGAAAAGCCAUACGUGGAGUCGUGAAGAAACAGACUAUCUUAUGGAUCUCGUCGAGGAAUAUGAUUUGCGAUGGGUCGUCAUUGCUGACAGAUACGAAUACCCCCCAAACCCGCCACUUACAAACAGUGAUUCCACCGCUCUUGUUACAACAACUCGACGUCGAACAAUGGAAGAGAUGAAAUCGCGUUAUUACACUGUUGCUGCGAACAUGUUGGCACUUGAGCACCCACCUUCUGAGAUGUCUGAAACAGAAUUCAACCUCCAUGAGAAGAUGAUGAAAUAUGAUCCCGAACAAGAAAAGGUUCGCAAGGAUUUGGCGAUUUUGCAAUUGAACCGAUCUAAGGACGAAGUUAAUGAAGAGACUUUGCUACUCGAGGAACUCAAAAGGAUUGUGGCCAACGAGAAAAAUUUUAUAGAAGAGCGCAGAGAGCUUUACGCCAGACUCGAGGCUCCCAUCAGUACGAGCAAUACUACGAUGUACCAGUCUAGCCAAGGCCUAUCACAACUUCUCCAAUCCCUCCUCCAUGCUGAUAAAACAAAGAAACGGCGCUCAAUUAUGGGGCUUGAAACCGGCACAUCAAGCCCAGCCAGCCUACCAAGCUCACAACAAAACCCCCCACAGAGCGCUCGGGAAAGUCGACCUCAGACGCCUGCUGCUCCGGCGCCAACACCGACAACUACCAAGAAAGCAGCCAACACAGCAGCUCAGCAACCAGCCAUCAAAGCCCUCACUCCGGCCGAAGAGGCCAAAUAUGGCGUCACACGCCACGACCGCCUUACCUCAGGCGUUCAGUUCCGCAAUGACAAGGCACAUAAGCUCACACAGGCCAAAUCCAACAUCCAAUCUCAGAAACUCGCUGCUGCGCUUACUGAGCUUUCUAUCCCACCCCGACUCGUCAUGCCAACAGAGAAGGUGUGCAAGGAGUUUGAAAAGCUGAUACAUUCCGUCAAUCUCUUGCUCGACGUGCGCAAGUUUAUGGAGAAGGUUGAGGGCGAAAUUCGUGUGCUGGAGGCUGCUAAGCAGGAACGAGAAAGGAAGGAGAAGGAGCGACUGGAAGCGGAGGCUAAUCAGACGGGUGAAGGCGCCGCGGAAUCAGGACAGGGAAAUAAGGGUGAUGAUAAGGAGGGCGAAAUGGAAAAGAAAGGGGCCGGGGAGGGAAGUGACGUGGGGGAAGAUAAGAACGUCCCUGCUGCAAUCUCUGUUACCAAUGGUGCAGAUUCACCGGUGACGAAAGGACACGAUGAAGCUGGCCUUGCUGUAGCCGAAGCGGACGAAAGAUCGAAAACGGCUGGGUCUGAGGGAAGAGGAGCGGGGACAGCUGGCUCUGAAGGGUCGCACAAACGAAGCGCCAGUGUCUUAAGUGCGGUCAGCGACAAGAGCAUGAAGAGGCAGAGGAAGUAG